UCAUUGUGUGGAGCCCUGUGGUACGUUCUUCACGUAUUGUUCCUCGGUGCAAAAGAGGGCAACACGCAGCCAUUGCUAUCGGCGAUAAUUUGAGUUCCUCCUGAGCUGUGACGGACGCGAGAAGGAAGCACUGCAACAAUGGAGUUUGUUUGGCUCUCUGUGGCGAUUUGGUUCACCGCCAAUAUGAUAUCGACCAUCUCUUCAAAGGCUGCCAUGUUAGACGCUGCAGUCCGUGGAACUAGUCACACCCUGACAGACUGGACACCAGCGUUUGAAGAACUACUGUGGCUCGAUCUGACCGUUCUUCAGCAUUUAACCGGAUCCAUCGCGGCCAGCUUCUGGGUUAUUGUCAUUCAACGCAAGUCCAUCUUCGCUGACCUGACUAUUACGAGCACUCGGUACAUGCUCAUUGCAGCUGCUGGGAACGCUCUGGGAAACAUGGCGACGAAUGCUUCUUUUGCAGCCGUUAGCUCGAGCAUUACUCAAGUCAUUAAGUUAUGCGAACCUAUUUUUACCUUGGCUCUGACGUUGCUCCUGUACAGACAAGGUAAAGAGUUGAUUUCCUCUCUAUGGGUCUCGGUCGUUGUCAUGGUAAUUGGAUCAUGUAUGUUCAUAUCAAGCCAGUCAUCGUUUAAUAUGUGGGGGAUAGGAGCUGCGGCAAUUUCAAAUAUAGCCUUCCCUGUUCGGAACAUCUACCUGAAGAAGUCUGAUUUAUCUGCACAUCAGGAUCCUCUUCAACAAUUUGCGGCAAUUUCUAUCUACAGUGUUAUUAUUCUUAUCCCAUGGGUAGGGGUUAAAUAUUUAUUCUACGCCUUGCCGAGACUUCACCCAGCAGAGAGCAUCAUGUCGAGUAUUUUCCAUUUCAUCUAUAAUGCAGCAUCAAUAACCGUUCUGCAAGCUUUCAACCCAGUCGUCCAUGCCUUACUGAAUCUUUCCAAACGUGUCAUUGUUAUCAUCGCUAAUUUGGUUUAUUUUGCCACACCAGUCUCUCUCCAAAUGGUCACGGGUCUGUUGAUCUUCUUUACUGGGCUUGCUCUUCUGCAGUUGCGUCGUAACCUAAAAUCCCCUGAGGCGGGAAACCUCGAUAUUGGGAAACACAAACCAUCUUCUUUUGUUAACACACUACUUCUUGUUUGUACCGUCUGUUUUGCGGCCUUUGGAUUACGACACAGUUUAUACAACAUUCAAUCAGACAGGUAUUCAGAACGAUUUCAACAACACUAUCCGAAGAUAAUUACAAAACUCCGUUCAGCUCAACUCCUUAACUUGACCACAGCUUGGGUUUACGACAACUCAGUACCAGAAAAUAUUGUGCAAAAUCUAGCAAAUAUGACUGAUCGAAAUCUUCAUUACAACCUUAAUGUAUAUUGUGGAACAUCUCAGUGUCUUGAGGCAUUUGGACGUUUCAAGAGGCCGAACAUAAUGGUUAAAUUCCUGGUAUUGACUGACAUCAUGAGGGAAACACCCCUCGAAGAGUGGUUGGCCCGGCAUCCUAUUCAUAAGAUUAUGACAGGUGUUAACUUCGAAGAAUACCUCCACGAUUCCGUCAGAUUAGCUCUUCUCUGGAAACACGGAGGCAUGUACGUCAACCCCUUGGUAUCACUGCAUGACUUUAAACUACCAGAGAGCAGCUACGCGUGGCUUAGCGCUGAUGUAGUCACUACGAAUAUGUCUAGGGUCUUGCUGGACCUGUGUUACUUCCCACCUCAGCACUCGUUCAUUAUGAAACUCAUGAAGGCAUUCACUGAUCAGUUUCCUCAUCAAAACAUCCCCAAGACAUCAGAGAGCAAGGCCAAACUUUUGACUUUCAAUUUUCCUGCAAUCGUGAGAAAUAUGCAUAAUGCCUUAAAAGACCAGGAGAUAUCGUGUCCGAAAAUCAUCGCGAUUACAACAGGAAAACUAACCACCAGUGGUAUCAAAGAACAUCAUUUCGGGACGCUCUCGUAUGACCUACGUAUAAAAAUAUCCGGCUCGUCAAACCUUGGGGAUGAAAUGCAAGGUUUCUCGGGUGUUGGGUUCUUGCCUUUUGUCGACAACUUCGUCGACAGAGAAGACUUACGGAAAUCACAAAGCGGUGGUCAGAUCACGAUGUUCUUGAAUGCAUGGUGGGGCACUCCUAGUACAUAUUGGCCACCGCCAGAAAACAUUGAUCCAAUAAUUGUGUCCAUGCACUUUACUGCCGGGCUUCAAAAUAAAAUUGCACAAGGCAAAGCGUUCUUUGAAACAAAAGCGCCAAUUGGUUCUCGGGAUACAGACACCCUAGCAUUCUUUCAGAAAAACAAGAUAGAUGCGUUCUUUUCUGGCUGCCUCACUAUUCUUACCCAAAACCCAAACACCGGCAAACCAGCAAACGAUAUUUUCAUGGUAGAUGUCAAUUCAAACUACCAGAAAUACUUUCCCGAAGAUGUUAGAAAAAAUGCAAAGAGACUAUAUCACAACUUGUCUAACGUAACAAGAAAUGAUAUGCUUGCACGUUACCAAACGGCUUAUAAUUUGCUAGAGUCAUAUUCGCGCGCCAAAUUGGUCAUAACUCAACGUCUACAUUGCGCUAUGCCUUGUGUUGCUAUGGGUAUUCCGGUUAUAUUUAUUGAUUCUCCACGAAUGCCUGGAGGAGGAGGUAGCUCUAAGAGAGGCAGCAGCCGUAUCCAAGGACUCAAGUCGGUGUUCCACACUCUAGAUAUGUAUCAAAUGUCAGAUGAAGAUGCCAAGACGUGGUUAAGUGAGUUCAAGUGGAAUAAUCCUCCUCCCAACCCAGGUGUGAGUGAUGUCAUGAAAUUUCGUGCUACUGACUGGAACAUCAUUCGGAAAAACCAACAUCUGUACGAUAGCGCUCGCAAAUUCGGGAUGUUGCCUCUUUCAAGAUAUAGUUCAGAUGCAUCGAAGCAGCUAUUAUUUCAUGUGUUGCUUACACGUAAAGAGGACGAGUCGACUGUAAAACCAACCUGGUUUGAAAUGAGAUCUGUGGAAUCGAUUCUACGGCAUCAUCCUCUAGCUACAGUUAACGUCUAUAGCGACACUGUACAGCAAAGACAGUUUGACGUCCUGACUGAAAGUGGUUACAACGUCCAAGUACACAGUUUGAAUCUAACUGACAUGGUAAAACAUAUGGCUUUAGACUCGUCUCUAACAAACAUGUUGUCCAAGAACAGUGACACACUGGAUUGUGACCUCAUUCCGAUGCUGAUUUUGUACCGCUGGGGUGGGAUAUACAUGAGCCCAGUUAACAUCUUGGUGCGGAGUAUCGACAAGCUGAAACACAACUCCCUACUUUGGAAAAACGAAGGAAAGCAACAGUUUGAGAUGUCGUUCAUGAAGUUUGAGAAGGAACACGUCUUCGUAAAGACGUCGUUGAUAGCGCUUUUGCAACGGUCAGUCGGGGUUAGUGGAGCACAAACUCUGACUGAAACUUGGCGGAGAGAAAGUGAAAUUAGUCCAAACGUGGAAGGUAUAGAAGCAAAUAACUUCCACGUUUCAUUCACUUCUGAGAAUAAGAAUGAAUGUUUUGACAGCAAAGAUGGCGCUACGUUUGAUGCAAACAUGAAGAAAGUAAAAUCUAAUGUUUUCCUCGUACGAGUUGAAGGCUUGAAGAACUUUUCUGGAAAGUUAAAAGACGGAACGAUAUGUAAAUAUAUAUAUAACUCUUUUUGUGUGUUGUGUAAUGAAAAAUAUUGAUGAGGUAAAAUUGGAAGGACAAAUCUCGUUUCACCAUAAAAUGGGCCUUUUCGAGUCAAUAUUGUAACCAGAAAAACAGAAUUGUCAUAGCAUGGUGUCCCUAUCUUACAUCAUAAUGUGUAUUAUCAUUGCCUAGAGGUUCAGACUCAAGCUCUGGUGUUUCUGAUCAGCAGAGUGUGGGUUCGAGUCCCAGUCAUGAAACGUGUGUCCUUUAGCAAGACGCUAAACCAUGAUGCUUCGUCAUUUGUAUGGGACGUACAACCGUUGGUCCCGUGUGUUGUGUAACGCACGUAAAAUAACCUAGUGCAGUACUAUUGUAAGAAGAAGGGGUUCGCUCAGUGUUGCUGGUUUGAUUGGCAGCAUCUACUAACUGUGAGCUAUCUAGCCAUGUUGGCGGCCUCACCAUUUUGUCAAUAUCGUUGGCUUUAAUGACUUGCUUUGCAACUACAGUCGACUCCCGUUAAAGGCAGUGCACACUAUUCAUUCAUUCAUUCAUUC